AUGUACACGCCGCUGGCGUCGCAGUCGCUACUGAUGCUGCCUCUGCUGCUGUUGAUGUUGUCGCUGGGCACGCACUUGACUGAGGCAGCGGCGGCGGCGUCGGCGGCUGUCAUCGGUGUCGGCGUCGACGCAGCUGUUGACAAGGAAGUGGCGCCAGUUGGCGUUGUAAAAACGGAUUUGCUGUCAUUGGAGCAGGAAAUUGCCGGCAAUCCGGCGUCGGAGCAGCGAGCAGCUCGUCAUGCGCGCUCAUUCCUAUUCGGCGUGGCCGGAGCCGGCCCGGCCUGGAUUGGUGGCGCACCACCAGUUGGCUACGGCUACGGCUGGGGCUAUCCUGGCUACUACAGCUCGCCAUACUACAGCUACGGUGGCUAUGGCGACUACGGUGGCUACGCUGGCUACUAUCCGAGCGUCUUUGGCUUUAAGAAAAUUAUCAUCGGCUAAGGCAGCGCUCAAAGUGGUCCAAGUUAACAAGUUAACCAUCCCCCAUCCUGCCACCACGAGUUCAAUGUGAGAUUAUAAAUAAUGUGCAAUGUACUGACCCUUGCUUGUUGUUGUUGUUAUUAUAAGACAGUUUUAAAUUAAU